UGACGGGGACGGGUGCCAGAGUGUCUUGGUGCUGUGGGGCUGGGUGCUUGGGAGCUGGAGAGCCGGGCACCACUGGAGGGUGCCACAGAGCUGGGGCUGGGUGGCUGGACCCGGCAGGAGCAGGGCCCUGGCCAAAUCUAAGGUUCACCACCCCCCGGGCUGUGAUGUUGCCUGUGGUCUUGGCUGUGCUGCUGGUUGCUGCCCCAUCCCUGUAGGCUCAUUCCCCUCCCUGGGAUGUGGGGAGGGCUGUGGGCAGGGUGAAGGCUGGAGCCAGUGCCUGGCUGGGCCAGGGAGGGUGCGUGGCUCUGCUGGAGCCUCAUCCCUGUGGCCAUGCUGCUGCCUGGGGACAGAGGGAUGUCCUGCCCUGGGGCAGGCUGGCUGCCUCCCCUCUGGGCUCCCUGCUGAGCAGCUGCCAGCUGUUGUAGGCAAGGAAAUCUUUCUGAGGGGCAGGGAGGUGCUGUGUGUUUGGAGGGGAGGGCUGACCCUAAGACCUGCCUGCAGCAUUUUGUCUCUUACCUCACUGACAUGGACAUGUGUGCCACCCAAAGGCUGCACAGCAACAAAUCCUUGCUCUGCUUUGCACCUGAUGUGCUUCAGAGGAAAGCAGAGUUAAGGGGAAACGUGCAGAAGGGAGUGUCACUGGCGUUGGCAUAUCCCACCUCUCCCUUACCAGGGUACAGGAGAUGUGGGGGGUACAGCAGCACAGGGAGCCGGUCCUUGCUGGAGGGACUCUGUGGUGGGGCACCACUGCCUGGCACCACGCCGAGGUGAGCACUUGGCUCAGGCUCAGAACGUCCCUUGGCAGGACCCUGGGGCAGCCUUGCUACUUAAUAUUGAUGGGCACUGCCUGCAUGGAGGCCUGGGGGCCCCAGCCCUGCAGAUCGUUUUCCCAGCUGUUGGGCCGGCUCGGGUUCCUCCUUGCUCCCAGCACAGCUCUUGCGGGGGGAUGAGGGACAGGGGAGUGCUGUGCAGCAUUGCCUCAGCCUGGGCCUGCCCCUGAUCUGCUCCUUCACUGGUGCAUGGUGUCAGCCAAGGUGGAUCCAGGCAAGGGGAAGGAGGAAGUGUUGGCACUCUCUGAGUGGGGAUGUAAGGUUCGGAAAGGUGCAGGGUGGCCUCUACAGCUUGAUCCACAGGUUGAGGUGAAGAGAAGUAGCAUCCAGGCCCUGCUUUUUGGGGCUGAGGAAAAGGACCAAGGGAGCAGAGGUAAUCCUGGCUCGGCCCUUCUGUAUACAUCUUGUGUGAGUUCCCCCAUUCCCAAACCUGUCGGAAAGGGCUGGGUCUGGGAUCGUCCCUGGAACUGGCCCAGCAUCCUGGAUGCUCAUGCCUUCUCUGGUUUCCUCUGAGUCAGACUCUCCGUGUCGCUCCCCCGGCCCCCUCCCCGCUGGGAAAGACGAGAUGGGAGCAGAGAGCAUCCGAGCCCAGACGCCGAGGGGCCUGUGCCCCCCGCUCCAUGCAGGGAGCUGUCCCAGCGACAGCGGCCUCACAGCCUCCGGGAGACUGGGCUCAGCUCCCCCUGCUCUGCACCCUUGUGCAGGGCAAAGGAGAGGCCCCUGCCCUGCUGUGCAGGCAGGUGUCCGGCAGAAUCGGUGCAGGGAGCUGCACGACCAGGGAGACCCUUCCUGAGAGGCAGCCAGGCAGCAGGGUGGCCUGCCCACACUGAACUCCUCUCCCCCCAGGCGUGGCAUGGCAGGGAUGAGGAGCCGGCAGCGGAUGUUUGCGGCGGUGAUGCGCCUGCUCCUCAAGUGCCUGCGGCUGGGCCGGCGGUGGCGGUUUAAGCUGGUACGGCAGGCAGAGCACCUGUGGCACUACGGGCACCUCUGCCUCCGCUCCCUGCUCUACAACUCCUUCACCAACAGCGACGUGGUGCUUGACUCCCUCUUUGAGCCCGUCUACUGGCUGGUGGACCAUGUCACCCGGUGGUUUGGCGUGGUGUUUGUGGCACUGGUGAUCGGGCUGACAAGCUCCAUCGUGGCCAUUGUGUACAUCUGCCUGCUGCCCCUCAUCCUGCAGACCUACACGCCUGCCUGGAUCUGCUGGCACCUCGCCUACGGACACUGGAACCUCAUCAUGAUCGUCUUCCACUACUACAUGGCCAUCACUACCUCUCCGGGGCACCCACCGCAGGCCAAGGGCGAUCUCACCGGCGUCUCCGUCUGCAGGAAAUGCAUUGCCCCCAAGCCGGCUCGCACCCACCACUGCAGCAUCUGCAACAGGUGCGUGCUGAAGAUGGACCACCACUGCCCGUGGCUAAACAACUGUGUGGGACACUACAACCACCGCUACUUCUUCUCUUUCUGCCUGUUCAUGACCAUGGGCUGCAUCUACUGCAGCAUCAGUGGCUGGGAGAUGUUCCGGGAUGCCUACGCAGCCAUCGAGAGAAUGAAACUGCUUGAGAAGGAGAGACUGCAGGUGGCUGCCAACCAGACGUACUACCAGACCCCGCCACCCACCUUCUCUUUCCGCCAGCGAGCAUUCCACAAGAGUGUGGUCUACCUCUGGGUCCUGUGCAGCUCGGUUGCGUUGGCUUUGGGUGCCCUCACGCUGUGGCAUGCUGCCCUCAUCACCCAUGGGGAAACCAGCAUCGAGCGGCACAUCAACAAGAAGGAGCGGCAGAGACUGCAGAAGAAAGGCAAGGUCUUCAGGAACCCUUACAGUUACGGCAGCUGGGAUAAUUGGAAGGUGUUUCUGGGCGUGGACGUGCCAAGGCACUGGCUCACCCGCGUCCUGCUGCCCUCUCCUCACCUGCCCCACGGGACAGGCCUGAGCUGGGACCUGCCUCCCUGCAUGACCGAGCAGCGCGCUCCGCUCCUGGCCAUCUGAGGCCCGGGACCUGCAGACGUCCCUCCCCGCAGGCAGGGGAGCGCAGAGGGGACCCGCUCCGCCGCCGCGGCUCGCCUUUGGCCCAGGGGUCUGGCAGCAGGCGGGUGCUGGCACGUGGCGCUGAUCGGAGCCAGAACCACAGGAAACUCUUUGGACAGUGUCGGUGCCGGGAAACCUCCUCUCUGGGCUCCUUGGUGGCUGCGGGCAGCCCCCGGGGAAAGGCGGCAGAGCUGCUGUUCCCCGCUCUAGCCGAAGGCGUUGCCCUCGCUGGCACAGGUACAGGCCAGCACGGGGCCCAGCUCAGCUCUCCGGCAGGGCUGGGCGCAGAGGAUGGCAUCCCUGGCCCCCAAGCACUUCCCAGGGAGCCUUUUUAAGACUAUCCAAUAAAUUUUUUUUUUUUUUUUAA